AUGAGGACCCCAUCAUUCCAAAGGUUCUCUACACCACCGAAAUAUAGCACGCCAUCAGCAUACGGACCCAAGGCACCAUUCCAAGUGCCACCGAAUUCUCAGGCAUCUUUCGGUCGAACCUUCAAUAGGCAAAACACUCCCGACCACGGCAUCUUUCGCAACGGAGGGCAGAAUUGGGCCUACAUGCAAGAGGGCAAGGUACGGGUCACAGGCAUUCCACGAGAUUUCUGGACGGGAGAUCUUUACCGCGCCCUAUCCCCUUAUGGUACUAUCGUCAGGAUUGAGAUGGAGUCCGAGAGCUCCUCACGCGCCUGGGUUACCUUCCAACCCCCGCCUCAUAACGACAUCCACAAUCAGUCCAUUUUCGUCGGCUCAGCUCGUGUGAGGGCCGACGAGGCCGUACCUCGCUUGUUCACUGUCCGUAGCCCCGUCGACCCGAGAAAAGCAUACAAUGAGUUCAACAUCUUCUACGCAAACUCCAUUGACUUCGGCGUGGCGGUUGCGGACAAUACCAUGAUCGUCAUGCAGAACGUGAGGGCGCCGAAGGAAGUGCGGAUGACGCUUGGCUUGAACCGCAAAGAGCUCGAUUUCCAAUUUCCUCUCAUGAUCGAUGGAGAAUCUCGGAAGUUGAGGUUCCGACUACCUAUCUCUCUUCUCGAAACCAUCUACAGGGUUACCGACGAGGAGACUGGUGAAUGCGCCUUGAUCAUACCUUUCGACUCAACGCCGCAGUUCUUCAUGCAGGUCAAGGCCGCUUCGAUCUCCAAGACAUGCCGCCGCAAAGACAGGGUUUGGAACGACUUCCGUUCGUGGUAUCGGCAGACAGACGUGGUGGAUAGAGAGACCAGGAAGCAGCUUGAAUCCGCACCUGUGAUGAACCACAAAGAGGGAUUAAUCAUUGACAUUGGUGAGUUGAACCAAAUAGAUCGCCCACUGAUUGCCAUAGGCCGAUGGUCAACUUACCAUAUUUCGUUCGAUCCAUCAACUCUGAAAGGCCAGAAGUACGACGAAUUCAGCAACGCCCUUGCCGAUCAUGGAAUCGCAAUCAAAAGUCUUCAAGAGUAUGGCCUGAUGAAGAGGACUGUCUCGCAGCUGGGAUCUCUAUUGGAAGAGGAGAUAUCUGGUACCCAUCCGCAUCUCGAGCCAUCUCUCCAAGAGUCUGCCUUCAACGAGCUCCUCAUGGGCCAAGUCAAUCUUAGUUUCCCAGUUCGCUACCAACUCGAGGCCUGCCUAUCUAACGGAUUCCUGAAGGAGCAUACCAUUACCCGCGAAUUCCUCGAGCGACUCGCAUCAAUGGAUCCGGCACAUGCUGUAUAUAUUUUGGAGAAGGUCACAGACAAGGAGCACGUGUACUUCGAUCCGAUGGCAGUCUUCAACAUCCGCAUCAAGGCAGACCUUACCAAGGAAAUUCCGAGCUAUUGCGUGCUCACACGCGCGGCUAACGUCACCCCGACGAUGAUCCACGUAGCUACCCCGGUCGUGGAGACGUCGAAUCGGAUCAUUCGCAAGCACGCAGCGGACGCCGAUAGGUUUAUACGCGUAAAGUUUACCGAUGAGAAGACCGAAGGAAAGAUACACUAUCAAGACGACGACCGGUCCGACGCGGUGUUUGGGAGAAUUCGACGUGCCAUGACCAACGGUAUCGUAGUGGCUGGACGGUACUACGAGUUUCUUGCUUUCGGGAACGCGCAGUUUCGGGAGCAUGGUGCAUAUUUUUACGCUCCGACAACCUCGCAGUCGGCAAACGACAUUCGCCGGUCCAUGGGGGAUUUCAGCCGCAUCAAGACGGCCGCUAAGCUUGGUGCCCGUUUCGGGCAAUGCUUCUCUACUACUCGAGCGAUUCGGAGCAUCAAUGUCAAGAUCGAAAUGAUUCCCGACAUAGUUCGCAACGGCUUUACCUUCACUGAUGGUGUUGGAAAAUUGUCGCUGUUCCUAGCGCAGAUGGCCGCACAGGAGCUGGGCCUUCAGAAUCCUUUCGACGACCCGCCCUCGCUCUACCAGUUCCGCCUCGGUGGUUGCAAGGGAGUCCUCGCAGUCGAUCCCAAGCUAACAGGGAGCGUGGUCCAGAUCCGGGAUAGCCAGUACAAGUUUGAAGCCCAAUACGUCGGCCUAGAGAUCAUCCGAGCUUCUUCCCUCGCAGUGGCAUGUUUCAAUCGCCAGCUUGUCAUCAUUCUCUCCAACCUCGGCAUUCCAGACUUCAUGUUUAUCAAAAAGCAACAAGAGAUGGUCAAUUCCCUAGAGCGAGCAACGAAGGAAGAGAGCGUUGCUCUCCAAAAGCUGCAGCGAAAUAUUGAUUUCAACCAAGUGACGCUAACCAUGGCCGGAAUGAUACUGGACGGGUUCAUGAAGACCAAAGACCCGUUCAUGAUGUCGCUACUCCAGCUGUGGCGGGCAUACCAUAUCAAGUUCUUGAAGGAGAAAGCGAGAAUUAUCCUCGAGGAUGGCGCCUUUGUUCUGGGAUGUGUUGACGAAACAGCGACGCUUAAAGGUCACUACGAUGAUCCUCAAUCCCGCCCAGACGCCACGCGAGAAGAGAAACUUGCAACCCUCCCGGAGAUCUUCCUACAGAUAUCUGAGCCCACCAAGAAGGGACGCUAUAAGAUCAUCGAGGGGAUCUGUGUUCUGGCGCGUAACCCUUCGCUCCAUCCGGGCGAUGUUCGUGUUGUGCGUGCGGUGGACGUGCCCGCCUUGCACCACAUGAAGAACGUGGUUGUACUUCCACAAACCGGCGAUCGAGACAUUGCGAACAUGUGCUCCGGAGGAGACCUUGACGGCGACGAUUAUAUUGUUCUUUGGGACAGCGACUUCUUGCCACAAACCGUCAAUGAACCUCCAAUGGACUUCACACCGGAGAAGCCUACGGAAUUGGAUAGACCGAUCACGGUGGAGGACAUCACAAACUUCUUCGUGACAUACAUGAAGAACGAUGCGCUUGGACGUAUUGCCACAGCUCAUCUCGCCCAAGCUGACUACAACGAGAAAGGUGUGCGUGAUGAGAAGUGCCUCGAGUUGGCUAGACUGCAUUCGCAAGCCGUCGACUAUCCGAAGAGCGGGAUACCGGCGAUCAUGGACCGAGAGCUGAGACCGCGCAAAUGGCCGCACUUUCAGGAGAGCAAUAAUCGACCCGAGCAUCAGAUAUACAGGUCUAAGAAGAUCCUGGGCAUGCUGUACGACCAAGUUCAGCUCGUCGAUUUCAAACCACAAUACCAGAAUGCUUUCGACGAUCGAAUCCUGAACGCCUUCCAGUUAGACGAAGCUAUCCUUGAGGCAGCUGCCAACGUUAAGUCUGGGUACGAUUCUGCCAUGAGGCGUUUGAUGGCCAAACACGCCAUCCGAACUGAGUUUGAGACCUGGUCUGUCUUUGUUCUCUCGCACAACCUUGAGAGUCGUGACUACACCUUCGCAGAGGAGUUCGGUCGAACGAUCGGAGUGCUGAAAUCGCAAUUUCGCGAGGCAUGCUGUAGGGCAGCUGGAGCGAAUCCUAGUGACUUUGCGCGGAUGGCACCCUUCGUCGCCGCCAUGUAUACUGUCACCGCUCGCGAGAUGGCAGCCGCUCUCAAGGAGUGCGGGGAGACGAGGAUCGUUGCCGGUCAGAUCGCUCCGGUACGAAAGAUGGAUCCAGAGCACAUGCCCCUCAUGUCGUUUCCGUGGCUGUUCGUUAAUGAGCUAGGCAAGAUCGCAGUCGGAAGCAAGGUCGAUCGACAACCGGUGGUUCUGCAGCAUGUCGGCCACAAGCACAAGAACCACACCGACGUUGCACUCGCGACUGAGCGCGGCCUGGGUGAAAUCGAGACCGCACAAGGUGUCACGCAUUACGGGGAGCUAUUGAAGUUAGACUUCGGCCCUGCGACUCCAGGAAACGCUCCUGAGGCACAGAGCAUCCCAGAACAGGCGAAACCAAGCACAGCUGCCUCUUCGGUCGACAACCACAAGACCCAGACUAUCGAUGAGAGGCCGCCACCUGAAGCAUCCUCUUCCCACGACUCUACCUCAUCUCAAGUCGCUACGUCGUAUAGCUGGAAGCAGGAUGCGAUUCCAGCGGCGACCAAAGAAGAAAUCCACGAAUGCGGAAGUGUGACCACGAGGCCACCAUCCAGCCCGGAUGGGAGCGGUAGUGGCCACACGGAGGACGGAAAGGAUGAAACGAACAAUACGCAGCCGCAGCAGCAGCAUGAGGUAGCAGUCACGAUUGAUUUCAAGCGGAAGAAGCCCUCGGCUUUGGACCGGCUCAUACGAUUCACGUAAUCCGUGGCGGUGGGCACCUGCGGCUGGUCUCCCCUUGAGGGAUACCGUCGCAUACUACGGGAUAGAGCAUGGGAGGACCCAUUUGGAGAUCUGCUCGCUGGAAUCUCAUGGCUGUGCGAAAAAGCAUGGCGUUCGGGAUUUCUCUUAGCGGCUAGAAAAUAUCUUGUAUAUCCUGUAUGAUUUCCAACUG